AUGCCUUCAGACGAACACGAUCACGGGUUUCGCCGGCGGCUGCCCCCAAUGGUGUCCCCACCUCCGCCGAAGAGGUACAAGUCUGAGUCGACGGCUACUAGCGAUGUUGGACACUUGAGGUACUACAGUCAUGCUCAGUCCGUACCAGUAGGCGAGCGGGCUCGCUCAAGGCAGACUUCUACUGCCAUGGAUAUCUAUGCCAUCACAGACCGAGAUCCCACGGAAAGGGACCACCGUGGUCCAAUGGGGCGCUUCACCAGUAAUGGCUCGGUCGCGUCUCAUUCUUCGCAGCUUUCGCAUGCAUCCCGUUCAUCACCUCCCGUCAUAAUCUCCAAUCGCAAGAUACCCGAAAAAUACCCAGCAUAUUCAGAGAACGGUCGCUUGUACCAUGGCUAUCGCAAGGGCAUCUAUAUGCUUCCAUGCGACGACGAAGAGCAAGAUCGCCUCGAUAUCUUUCAUAAGCUCCUCACCACCGCCCGCGCCCAAGACGGCUUAAUAUACGCACCCCAUCCAAGCAAUUCACGUAUAAUGGACCUCGGCUGUGGCACAGGAAUCUGGAGCAUCGAAGUCGCCAACAAGUACCCCGAUUCCUUCGUAGUCGGCGUUGACCUUGCGCCGAUCCAACCGCAAAACCGCCCGAAGAAUUGCGAUUUCUACGCCCCUUUCGAUUUUGAAAGUCCCUGGGCCAUGGGCGAGGACUCCUGGGACCUGAUUCACAUGCAGAUGGGCAGCGGGAGCGUCAUGAGCUGGCCGAGUCUCUAUAAGCGUGUCUUCAACCAUCUUCGCCCGGGCGCCUGGUUUGAGCAGGUGGAGAUCGACUUCGAGCCGCGCUGUGAUGAUAGGUCCUUGGGUGGUCUUGCCCUUCGACACUGGUAUUCUGCAUUGAAGCGCGCAACGGAAGACAGACAGCGACCUUUGGAGCACAGCUCACGCGAGACGAUUCGCAAUUUACAAGAAGCUGGCUUCACGGAAAUUGAUCACCAGAUGGUAGGCCUGCCCAUGAACCCCUGGCACGAAGAUGAGCAUGAGAAAAAGGUUGCUCGUUGGUACAACCUUGCCAUAUCGGAGAGUGUCGAAUCCCUGAGCCUGGCUCCUUUCAGUCGCGUCUACGAUUGGCCUCUUGACAAAAUUCAGCGCCUUGCACAGGAUGUCAAGGCGGAGGCUUUCAAUAAGGAUCUUCAUUGUUACAACAUCUUGCAUAUCUACCAGGCGCGCAAGCCGCUCGCCAACUAG